AUGUUGAUGCUUAUAGAACCUCCAGGUACAAAACGCGGUACGUCACCAACGAGUAGGCCUCAAAAUCCACUUUUAGGAUUGGGGGAAAUAUUUCUCACUGAAGAAUUCCCAGAAAUUAUUGCUUUUUGCCGUUUGCAGAAAUUGGAUAGCUUCUUGGUCGGAAAAUCAAAUUCUGGCGACUUUUCAGAGCGCUGGAAACAAGAAUUCAGCGAACGGCCGUCAUGGUGUGAUGCUGACAUGACACUGCAACAAAUUAAACGGGGAAAAGCAAGAGGAAAUCGCGCUGCUCUAUAUUCGAGGAGUUUUAUUCAAAAAAUUCUGUAUUCGUUAGGUAGUUUUGUUCAGCGCCACUCAUUUCUCGUUAUUUUUAUUGUGGCGUUACUAUUUGGAAUUUGUUGUUAUGGUUUACAGUUCGUUCGCAUUGAGACCGAUAUCGUUAAGUUAUGGGUUGCUAAGGGCGGAAGACUGGAUGAGGAGUUGAACUUCCUUUCAGUCGUGGAGGAAAAGAGUGUUAUCAAGGGAAGUGUUCAACGUGAAAGUGGAUUAGGCGGUGGAUUUCAAGUCAUUAUCCAAGUCCCGCGCGAAGAAGGCCAGAAUAUAUUAAAUCAGAAUGACUUACUUGAACAUGUUGCUUUAAUGGAGGAAAUAGCAAAGUACAGUGUUACAAGUGGAGGCGUCAAUUGGACAUUGUCAGAUAUAUGCUUCAAACCUCCCAGUCCAGAAAUCGAUGAUAAUUCAUUAGCGAAGAGCUUUGCUGCUGUAGUAGAUCGUAUUGUGCCGUGUGUUUUGAUAACUCCAAUUGACUGUUUUUGGGAGGGAUCAAAAGCAAUCGGUCCGCAUCCGCCCGUCGAAUCAAGUACACUGGGAUUUGCUGAAUAUUUUUUCCCAGCUCUCUCUGGUCUUAGAACGCUUUCCUGGGGUAAUAUUGAUCCCGAAGCUCUUGUUAAACAGAUUGCUGAUAUUGCUCCGAUUGGGAACUUACAUAGUUUUUUUUAUAGAGCUGGUAUAGGAAAAGGUUACUUAGAUCGGUGGUGUAUUGAUCCUUUGGAUCCGGAUUGUCCUGAAAGUUCCCCAAACCACUUUAAUUUCUGCAAAUUAAUACCACGUUUCUUGGAAUAUGCAUCGAGAAGUGGUUUUGAAGUCCCUGAAGAUCCCGAAUAUAUGAAAUGGCGAGAGAAGUCAUCUGACGAUUUUCUGGAUUUCACGAUUUUAUUGAGUGUGUUACUUAUUGAUUAUUUUCUUCUAAAUUUCCUUUGCAAAAAAUACGCCCGCCCCUUUGCUAAUUGGAUGAGGAAAAAUGUCGACAGGUGGCAAAUGUUUCUGAAUAAGUUUCCAACACUCCCAGAUUAUGGUAAAGUGAUGGAUGGUGGUUGUCGUGGAUUUGCCAAGGAGGUAAUGUCUUGGCCAGAAGAUUUAAUCAUUGGUGGAGUCAAGAAAACACAGGGUCAUUUAUCUGCAGCGGAGGCGCUUCAAAGCGUAAUUUUGGUUGCAUCAGCCAAUGACGUCUAUUUGCGCUUCAAGGAUGCUACAAAAACCCAUUUGAAACCUGGCUUAAAUUUGACAAGUUGGAGUUAUGGAGAAGCUGAGAAGGUGAUCACGGCAUGGCAGAGGAAGUUCACGCAAAGCUUAUACGACCAUAAACUGAAUGAUGAACUGGAUCCCGUAACUGGAAAAAAACAUCGCCGAAUACAUCCACUGGCGUCUACAUCAAUCGCUGAUAUGUUGGAAGAGUUUUGUCAAUUUAAUUACACAAUAAUUCUUGUGGGAUACCUGCUUAUGCUGCUUUACGCUAUUCAUUCACAGAUGAAGCUUCACAACUGCAAGCUUGCUACAGAUUCCUGUAUGGGACUUGCGUUCGCGGGGGUUCUUACGGUCACUUUCGCUUCCAUUUCCGGACUUGGUUUUGCGACGUGGUGUGGGAUAGAGUUUAAUGCAGCAACCACCCAAAUAGUUCCUUUCUUGACCUUGGGAAUUGGAGUGGAUAACAUAUUUUUGUUACUUCAUAGUUAUCAUGCGGUCACUGGAAACAUGAAACGAAACGAAAUUGGUAUGUUGAUGAAGGAAACCGGGAUGAGUGUUGUUAUGACGUCUUUCAACAAUAUUCUCUCAUUUCUGGCUGGUACAGUUCUGCCUAUUCCAGCUCUCCGAAGCUUUUGUGCUCAGUCGUCUAUCCUCUUAACAUUCAAUCUGAUUGCAAUCUUAACGAUAUAUCCUGCUGUAAUCUCAAUUGACUUACGUAGACAAAAGAAUUCGAGGCGUGAUGUGUUUUGCUGCUCUGGCGAUCUUCAAGGAAAAUAUUCUAACCCGAAGAAGACAGUUGGCGAGCCUGUCCCUUCAGGUGAUGACAUUGAGGAGGAUGUUAAGUCAUGGACUCUGCGUGCUUUUCUACAUAAUUAUUAUGUCCCAUUCUUAAAGAAUAAAGUUUUCAUUCUUGUGAUUUGUUUCUGUAUGUUUUGUGGUGGGAUUAUUGGUGUUUAUCGUGCAUCUUACGGUCUUGAACUCAGCGAUGUUCUACCAGAGAAUACUGCUCCUGCAGCUUUCCUUAAAGCUCGAGACAAAUAUUUUAGUUUUUACCCUAUGUUUGCGGUCUUAAAAGGGCCUGAUAUAGAUUAUCCAAAUGUGCAAAAUAAAAUAGAGAACUAUCGGAAUCGAAUAGGUAAGUCCUCGAAGUAUGUUGUGAAGGUCGAGGAUGAACCAAGCGAGAAAUAUUGGUUAGCUUUGAUGCGCUCGUGGCUAAAAGAACUUCAAAUAAAACUUGAUGCAGCAAUUGCGCGCAACAAAUUCGAUCUACGGACAGGAGAUGUAAUUAAUGAAACAGUUGAACGUCUUACGUUGGAGGAAAAUAUUGCUUAUCGUUUAAUUUGUAGUUAUGGAAGCAAUUUCAAUUGUUCUGGCCGACUCGGCAAGGUUCGUUUCGUUGACCCCAGUGGCACAAUCAAUGCCGACGGCUUUUAUAAUUAUUUGACAGCUUGGUAUAACUUGGAUUCGAUGAUGUAUCAUGUUUCUCAAGCGUCAUUUGUUCCACCUCCACCAAGGUGGUCUGUUGAGUGGAAAACUGCUGAAAUAGUUCCUCCAGCGCAACCGAUCGCUUACAGUCAGAUUCCAUUUUAUCUCACUGGCCUUACGGACACUCCUGCCAUUGUUGGUAUGAUAAAGGAAAUUCGAGCUGUUUGCGAGAGGUUUGCUGCAGAGGGCCUUCCUAAUUUUCCUUCUGGUGUAGCGUUUACGUUUUGGGAGCAGUACAUGCAUCUUAGUUCCAAUCUUAUGCGCGCUAUUGGCGUUAUUGCUCUUUCUGUGUUCUGUGUCAUUUCGUUUAUUUUACUUAAUCCGUGGGCAGCAGCCAUUAUCGUUGGAAUCUUGUUGCUAAUGACAGUGGAGUUGGCAGGUUUUUUGGGUGUGGCAGGUAUAAAAAUGAAUCCAGUUUCUGCAGUGACAAUAAUAACUGCUGUUGGCAUUGGUGUUGAGUUUACCGCCCACGUAGUGCUUGCAUUUCUGACGUCAUUGGGAACAAGGAAUGACCGAAUGGGUGCAUGUAUUGAUCGUGUCUUUGUUCCAGUUAUUCAUGGGGCUUUAUCUACUCUUCUAGGAAUAGUUAUGCUGGCAUUCUCAGAAUUUGAAUUUGUGAUAAAAUAUUUCUUUGUUGUAAUGUCAGUCUUAAUAGCCAUUGGAGUUAUCAAUGGGUUGGCUCUUCUUCCGGUGCUUUUAUCUUUGAUUGGACCGAGUUGUGAGGUAACGCCGGUGAAUGGAGGCGCUCGAUUAUCACCUCCACCGCGUGCUCCCCUUAGAAAAAAACGAAGGAGAGACAUCACUGAAGCUCAGACGCAUCGGCGAAAUAUAUCUGAUGAUAGUAACACAGCGACUCUUGGACCUGAGAGUGUAAGUUGA